GGGUUGGUUGUACACUCACGUGCUGGUGAUAUUCAACUCUUGGCCUCUGUGCAGGUGGCACAGGUGCAAAGCCUGUAAUAAAAAUUCCCUGAAAACAAAAAAAUAUUACACAUCCAGUUUGUUUCUUAAUCCGCUAGUUACACAUUUCUUUAAGUAAAAACAUUCCUUAAGAGGAAUUUAUGAAAACUUUGAAUUCAAACUGCUGUGUACUAAGUAAACCCGAGCAAAAUGUGUAGUGGAGUAUAGUGAGCGGGGAUUGGGCCUCGUCACUGCAUCUUGAAGACAAAAUUAUUUGGCUACAACAGUUAGCAGGAUGAUGUGCUCCUCGACAACGUUACUGCUGCUGUUGUUGCUGUGUCUGCUGCCCUCUCUCGUGCCUCGCGCCCAUGCUUACCACGGACGUCACAGGCGACAUCGACACCAUGAGCGACGGUUCUUUGAUGCCCACCUGGGUCGCAGCCACGCCCACCGGGGCGCCCACCACGCCCACAACCUGGUCGCCCAGAGCCACAUUCUCGAAAACUCCCUGAACGGAAACCGGGUGACGGAAGAGCCACAGAAGACGGGUCACGGGUCACGGUGGGCCCUGACCUACCAAGGAGCAGCGCACGAGCCUUCGGCCAUCAACAAUACCGUAUCGAAUGUGACUGCGCAGUUGGGCGGCGCAGCUUUCCUGCCCUGCAGAGUGGGACAUCUGGGAGACAGACAGAUCUCAUGGAUUAGACGGAGGGACUGGCACGUCCUGACCUCGGCGGACGUACUCUAUACGAACGACCGUCGGUUUUCCGUGCUGCACGUGGCCGGCACCCAGGACUGGACACUGCACAUUAAAUACGUGGAAGUGAAGGACAACGGCACGUACGAGUGCCAGGUGUCGACUGGCACGGGCAUUAUUUCGCUCUUCGUCAACCUGGAGGUGGUGACGCCUGAGGCCCACAUCCCAGGCCACGGGCAGUACCACGUCAACCGUGGCUCCCCCAUCACUCUCACCUGCAUCAUCGACAAGAGCCCCACGCCGCCUCAGUACGUGCUCUGGUACCACAACGACCAGCUCCUCAACUACGUGCGAGACCGACCCGAGGUGGCCAUUAACAUGGAGCUCCGGGGCAAGGGAGGGUCGACGCCCGUGAGCCGCCUGGAGGUGAACACCGCCAGCGACCAACACUCCGGUAACUACACCUGCACCGCCCCCAACACGCGACCAGCCUCCACCAUGGUCUUCGUCACGGAAGGAGACAAGACGGCGGCGGUGCAGCGAAUAGACUCCAGCAGCGUGAGCAUCCACCAGGCAACGUUAGCGCUAUGGUCAGCAGCCCUCACCUACGUUGUGGCCGUCAGAUGAACCCCCGGGAGAACCCACGGUUUCGUGUUGCCCUUCUUCUUUCUUAUCCGCCUCACCGUUCUCUAAGAGUCCUCCCAGAGCUCUUCCUUCCCGGCCGCAGCAGGGACUAUCGCUGGCCGGACGGGGAUAUUGGUGAAUUGUAGCUUCCCUAAGAACUGAAAUGUUUCAGUGACUAGUUUUGUAUAGGUGACCUCAUGCCAAGCUGUGGCUAUCAGUUGGCAUUUGGUACUGUUUAUAUAUAAUGUGUAGAUAAAUCUUUAAGCGUUAAGCUUUAAGCGGUACCUCAGAGCUCAGCGGUUCAGCCUCUAGACUAAGCUUGGUGACUGAGUAUAGCUACGCGCUGUGAUAAACUGAAGAACGUACGUAAACGCUCAUUUAUUUUCUCUUCAAUUGGCAGUUUACUUAUUCUAAAUAAUUCGAGUGGUUGCAUACAUAAAAGCAAAUUUUCUCUAUUUUCUAAAUGUUUGUAAACUUAAAAAAAACAUUACACUUUCCCGAGAAGUGGAACUGGAUUGCGAAGAUGCUUUCGGACUAGCAGUCAUGUGAUGCAUUUGACUAUCAGACGUGUGAGACCUCGAACUACGUGUGAGCGUUUGUAGUUCUAGAAGAAGAUAACAGGACCGUAAACGGCGUUUGACAAGUUGCGUUCGUGUCAAAACCCAAGUGGAAGCCCACAGUACCCAGAGUGCGUGUCAGUGUCCCUCAAUACAUAGGACCUUUCUUUUCCCGAAGACAAUAACAAGCGCCAGUUACACGAGGUUUGGGCCAACUUGCUCACCUGACGUAGUGACAACUCAGUGGUGAAAUGUUGUUAAUUAACAGGCAUGACAAUGAUAUACAUAUAUAAAUCUAUUUUUAAUAAAUAGUCAUUAAGAACAAAAACUAGUGGUUCUGUAACAAUUUAUUAAUGCGAUUAAACGACUAUGAAACUGAAAAAAGGGAGAACUCCUGUUUUUACGUUUCAUCCAGAAUUCAGCUUCAGUCGUUUGAGUGCCCUCGGCUUAUUUGAGGUGGUGCCAGAAAAGGAAAGAAGGCUUCACUUCACCUCCCUCUCUGGCAUCGUUCUCCAAACACCCAUUUUGGGAUACAGUGUCAUCGUCAGUAUUACGAAGAGAACCGUCUGGCAGUUUAUAUACAAUGUGUAAUAAAUCAAAUAAUGUGUGAUGAGCGAUCCAGCGAAUUCCGAAAGAAAUUAUGUGUCGCAAAUAAACAAUGAAAGCAGUGGGAUUAAUGUGAUUAACUGGAAAGUGUGUUUCAGUGGACUUCACACAUCUCAGAAAUCCCUUGGAUGCGCCAGUCGCAGUGAAAAUUAGGGCUCAUACGCGUAUCAAAACAGUGAAGGGUUAGGUACCAUCCCACAUGCAAAUUACAGCAUGCGUAUAGGUACCUAAUCUUCACAUUGUCGGCUAUUUGCAAACACCCUUGAUAAUAACAGCAAAGAUUGGGCACCCAUAAGCGUAACAAUAGCAAUGAUAACUGGGUACCCAUUUGCGUACAGUUACAGCGAAGAUUGGGCAUCCACACGCUUGCCUAUAGCAGUGAAGAUUGAAUAUCCACACGCGUACCAAUUACAGUGAAGAUUGGGAACCGACACGCGCGUGCCAAUUAUUUGAAAGAGAGAGAGAGAAAUAGAGAAGGCAUGCCCGAGUGACUUGACUCUCUUCUAUAUAUGUAAUUAAUAUAUUAACCAAACUGAAAAUAUAUAUUUUCAUAAAUGCUCAGGCAAUUUACCCAUAUAAAAUGUAUUAUUUGUGUUUUGAAGCUUUUCCCCUCUAAACUAGUAUAGUUGUGAAGAAAAAUGAUCUGAUAUUUUUGUGGAAAAUUUUCAUAGAUUGUAACAAAUUUGCGGUGGUUGAGUGUGUGUGUGUGUGGUUGUGUGUGUGUGUGUGUGUGUGUGUGUGUGUGUGUGUGUGUGUGUGUGUGUGUGUGUGUGUGUGUGUGUGUGUGUGCGUAAUAAAAUCUCUUCAGAUGAUGUGGACGAAAUCAUUUGACGAUUGAUCAUUCAUUCCGGUUAUUACCUCACUCCUAUAAUUCUGUCAUGAAACAAUUCACGGGAGUGAAUGCAUCCGACUGUAAAGUUUCAUUAUCUCUUCUAUCAAGUGCUUCGGUGACCGAUUUUCAUAUUUCUUUAUGAGUGUAUCUAAUAAUGGGGCUUGCAAAUGAGCGAGAAAAUAUACUGAGAGAUGAGAGACCGAGGAAUUUCUGGUACCAGUUGAUGAUUUAUCAAGUAGUAACGUGAAAUGUAUAUAAUUCCUUCCCAAAAUGACGUGUUUUCAUAAUUUUGUUGUGAAAGAUAACUAAUCAAACACACACAUUUAAACAUACGGACACUUACACACACACACACACACACACACACACACACACACACACACA